GGCUGCAAGCCGCUCGCAACGGGACAGCCGCGGGUCGCACCGUCACCUUCAAUGUGGACGACUCCCCGCUGGUGCAGAAGCUCAUGCCCAAUUUGAAGGCGGCGCGCGAGGCCAAGGACGCCGCCGCCAUCCAGGCGCUGGAGCUGGUCUGUCCCGAGCUGGCCAAGACGGCAGAGCUCUCGCCCGCGCCUGCGAUCCUCCUGGAACAGGCUGCGCGGCAGCUGCGGCAGUUCCACGGCCAGCAGAAGCAGCUCAAGGAGCAGAUCGUGGCCAACGCCAGGACUGGCAAGGACCUCCUCCGCAGGCUCAACGAGAACAUCAAAGCCUACAAUGAGGCGCAAGAGGAGGUGGAUCGCUACUCAGCUCAGACGGGUACUCCAGCGGCCAGCUCAGGGAAUGGCGGCCCUGCAGACGACACCGAGUUCCCCUCCCUCUCGGAAGAGGACCUCCAGCUCCUCACGCCCGAGCAACAGCAGUACUACAAGGACGCGGCCGCGGCGGCUCAGCAGGCCCAGACCACCCUACAGUCCGCCACCGACGCGGGCAAGCAGGCGAGGGAGGCGGCCGCCACGCUCCGCAACCUCCGUGAGCAGGUCGCCUCGACCAAGCGGCGCAAGGCAGACACGGCCUGUGGAGCGGCCGCAGGCGGCGGCGGCGCAGCCGCGGCUUCCGCCGCGGCCCCGUCGCCCGAGGACGCUGGCGGCCGUGACUUCAGCACUCCCGAGGCGGUCGACGAGUGCAUCAGGAUCACGGCCUCGCGCAGGACUGCCGUGGCGGGGGCCGCGGCUGCCAAGGGGCCGUCGGCCGCGCCAGUGGCGCCCCCCGUCCCGCAGACGGCAGCGGCGCCAGCAGCGGCAGCAGGAGCGGCGGUCCCAGGCAAGGGCGACGGCAAGAGCGGCAAGGACCAGGUCAAGAAGUUCAUCGAGACGUCCGAUCACGACCUGAUCGGCCUUGCGGAGCACCACCUCGGCAAGGGCAAGAGAGCCACCUACGCCACCAGCGUCCACUUGCAGGGCGCCAACCACCAGAGCGUGUUCCAGGACGCGCUCCAGGACGUCUCCGUGGUGCUCUGGCGUUUCCAGGGGGCCACGUUCGCCUUCAUCGUGUGCUACUUGGACUGCUCCAUCGGCCUCGUUGGGACCAACGCCAGGAAGAUGACCACAACCGCUCGGAUUGUUAAGUCCUUGGGAGUUCCUUGGUGCUUGGUGGGCGAUUUCAAUGCCUCUCCAGAAGAACUGACGCGCUUGGGCUGGCUUCGCACCCUGAAGGCGCGAACCAUUACGCCUGAGGGUGUGAACAUCACGUGCACGUCGGGCAAGGGUCGCAUGCUGGACUACGUCGUCGUGCCCGACAGCUUCCGUCCCUUCCUCAAGAGGGUGAAGCCAGUCCAGAAGCGGCCGUGGGGCCCGCACAUCGGCCUCAACAUCCUGGUCACUGCGAGGCCUGCCGCAGUGAUGCUACGUGCCCCUGUGCUCCCCGUUCCUCUCGAAGUGCCUGCAGGGGAAGUUCACGUGCCCAAGGGAAUCAAGCGCUGUCAACGCGACAGGCAGCGGCACGCAGAACUGCAGCAGGCCAAGGAAGAUUGCGAUCAGUUGCAAGAGGGCGACCUGCUCAACGACGACGAUGAGCACCUCCUCGAGGACACCAACACCCAGUGGCGGCUUCAGCAGCGCAAUGACUACGUCUGCUCGCCCUGGGCGGAGCACGUCACCGAGGCCCAGGAGCGCGUGGGCAUGCACGUCUCAGCGGGCGAGGAUGUGAUGGCCAGCAUCGCGUACCAGAUGGACCCGAACAUGGCGCAGGCAUUGGCGGUGCAGCACGGACACUGGGCCGAGGCGGCGGAGUCGCAGCUGGCCGAGCUCUGCGGCACCGAGCCUCGUGACAAAGCCCGACGUGGUCUACCCGUCAAGUACCAGUGGCGCAAGGCGCAGGAGCAGACGGCCGACUCGCAGUUCGGCCACGCCUGUGCGCAGGACAUCGGUGGCAAGUGGGCCAGCCUCCACGCCAGGGUGCAAGAGCAGUUCAUCGCACUUGGGCGCCACCGCCACACUGCGUACCAGCGCAAGGUGCAGGACAUCGUCUCCGACAUCAUCAGCAGCAUCAGGUACCUCCUCACCUCCCAGGGGCCCGUGCCCGAGGACCAGCUGCAGGCCACCAAGGGGAAGUGGCGAGUGCACCUGGACGGCGACAAGGUCCUCGGCCACGGUGAGCGCAUCCGCUACUCCAGGAACUUCCCCGAGUGGCAGGCCUUUGCGCUGAAGGUACAGGCGAGAGCGGCUAGGCAUGCCAGCUUGGCGUGGCAACAGACCCGUAGCGAGAUUCUAGCAUGGGCCAAGGCAAGUACCCAGGGAUCCAUGCGAGGCGCCCACCGCUACCUCAAGAAGGACGAAGUGCAGGUCCUCGACGAGACCUGCGUCGACCCCGACACUGGAGAGGACUGCGACACAGUGCAGGCCUCCACCGAGGCCAGGGCACGCCGCUGGCGUGACCGAUGGACCAGUAAGCCCGACCGCGUGCCUGCCUUGCGCGAGGCGCUGGGUGAGCUGCGGACCCUGGCAAGCAAGGCGCUGCCAGAACGGCACUACCACACGAGAGACUACAUGGUGAACGCCGCCAGGACAUUCCCCAAGGCCACGGGCAAGGGCCCUGAUCAGUGGACGCCAGGCCACCUCCUCGCGGUCUCCGACCAGGGACAGGAGGCGUUCACCACCCUGCUCAACAUGGUGGAGCGCGCCUUGGCCUGGCCGCAUCAGCUCCUACACAACUGGUACGCCCUCCUACCGAAGGGCGCCAAGCAGGUGGUCGGCAACGAGAGGGACAUCGGCCUCCUCCCCAUGCCCGUGCGCAUCUGGGGCCGCAUGACCAAGGCUACCAUGACCGAGUGGUGUGACAAGCGAGCUGGACACUGGGACGCUGCGGUGCGCGGGAGCUCCGCGCUGCAGGCUGCUCUGCUCACCAUGGUGCUCGACGAGACUAGAGCGCACGUCGGCGUGGCCGAGCAGAGCAACUUCUUGAUGGACGUGGAGAAGUUCUACGAUUUCAUGGACUUGGCUUUGAUGAUCCACAAGGGCAUCUCCCUCGAGGCGCCGCCCGUCGAGCUGUACCUGUGCUGCCUCACGUAUUUGGCGCCGCGAGCGGUCAAGUCACACGGGGCCUUCAACUCGGCCAUCGCCCCCAACUGCUCGAUCCUCCCUGGCUGCGGGAAGGCCAACCACUGGGCCAGAGCCUUCCUCUACCACCUGUUGGAGGCAGCCCAUGCGAGAGCACCGGUGGCAUGGGUGCGGCAAUACGUGGACGACGUGCCCAGCCGUAUCGAGGGUUCGGCCGACGAGGUCCUCGACCAGACCAAGGACGUCGCGGUCACCCUGGUGCAGGGCUGCCUUGACCUCGGCCUGCGAGUUUCGCCCAAGUCCAUCCUGAUGAUGACAAGGCCCAAGGACGAGAAGGCGGUGCUGUCCUACGUGUACCAGGAGACUGGCAUCCGUGUGCAGAGGGCUUCCACGGCGAAGGACCUUGGCAUCGACUGCACCAUGGGCACCAGGCGCAGCAACAAGACGGCCAGGACACGGAUGUCGGCAGCGAGGGCGAGGGCUACGCGAACAAGUUUAUUCCGCCGACUGGGGCGCGGCAACAAGAGGACCAAGGGCGUCAUGCUGCACGACACCAACAUCAGGGCGAAGUACCAGUUCGCCGACCCGAUCAUCGGAGUGCCCCCUUCGACGACAACGCGGCGACGGGCCCAGGCAGCGGACCUCACAGGCCACACCGUGGGCGGGCGCUGCACCUCCAGCACCCUACUGCUGCACUACCAGGACGACGAGCCCAAGAUGGCGGCCUUGGAGCAGCAGGUUAAGGAGUGGUUCCAUUUUUGGGCGCAACACCCGAAGCUGCGAGACCGUGUUCGACUUGGAUGGCGUGCGGUGCUCAAGAGGCUCCUGUACAUGCGACCUCGUGCUCGGUGGAAGUGCGUCACGGGGCCCAUGGGCGCGACCAUCCUGGCCCUGCGCGACAUCGGCUGGAUACCGCGGGCGCCCGACGUCUGGAUCGAUGACGAGGGCUCCGAGUGGCGGCACCUUGGCAACGACGACGACAGCGCGCAGGACCUCGUGAAGGCGAUCAAGAGCACCGUGCUGCGCCAGCUGUGGCGCCAGGCAGGCGCCCUGGAGGCGGCAGCGCUGGCUGGAAUCUGGACGGGAGCGAGGGCUCUAGCGGCAGGCUACAUGUGCUCCGACGACUGUGAGCGAUGUGGCGAGGGCAAGGACACCAUCGAGCACAGGCUGCACUUCUGCUCGGCCACCUGCGAGAUGGAGGACCCUUGCUGGUGA